AUGGGCAUUAAAGGCCUCACGAAGUUCCUGGCGGACCACGCGCCCGGCGCGCUGCGGGUGGAGGCGCGGGCCUCGCUGCUGGGGCGGGUGGUGGCGGUGGACACCUCGAUGGCUCUUUACCAGUUUUUGACUGCAGUGCGGGACGCGCAGACUUUGGGGAAUUUAACGGAUGAAUCUGGCAAAGUCACCAGCCACCUCGCCGGCAUGCUCUCCCGCGUCACCAGGAUGCUGGAGCAGGGGAUUCGUCCGGUGUUCGUGUUUGACGGGGAGGCGCCUGAGGAGAAGGCGACGGAGCUGGAGCGCCGGCGGGAGCGUCGGGAAGCAGCAGCAGCAGCAGCAGCAGCAGCAGCAGAAGCGGGCGACGCAGCGGAGCUGCGGAAGCAGCUGGCGCGCAGCGUGCGAGUGACACGGGAACAAAACGAAGACGUGAAGCGGCUGCUGCUGCUGCUGGGGCUGCCGCUGCUGCAGGCCCCGGGAGAAGCAGAAGCUCAGUGUGCUGCACUAGCUCGCGCAGGCAAAGUGUGGGCAGCAGCAACAGAAGACGCGGACGCGCUGACCUUCGGGGCCCCCAUUUUGCUGCGCAACCUGACCUUCAGCGACAGCAGCAGCAGCAGCAGCAGCAGCGCAGCAGCAGCGGCAGCGGGGGGGCGCGGGCAGCCCGUGGUGUCCAUACACCUCGACGCCGUGCUGCAGCAGCUGCAACUCAGCAUGGACCAGUUCAUUGACUUUUGCAUUUUGUGCGGCUGCGACUACUGCAGCAGCAUCAAGGGUGUGGGGCCCCGCACUGCGUACCAGUGGAUAAGAGACAGGGGCAGCAUCGAAGCAGUUUUGGCUUCUUUGAAAGGAGACAAGUUCCAAGUCCCCGACAACUUCUGCUUCCAGCGCGCCCGCUGCUGCUUCAAACAGCCUGCUGUUGCUGCGCCCCACACCCUCGCCUUCAAAUGGGCCGACCUCGACGAACAGGGACUCAAGCAGUUCCUCGUCAAUGAGCGCACCUUCAGCGAGGCGCGCGUUGAGGUGUACAUACAGCGGCUGCGCAAGGCGCGCGGACUCAUCACUCAAACUCGAUUAGAAAACUUUUUUGGUGCUGCAGUUAGCAGGCCUUCGGACUUGGCCCGCAAGCAGCAGCAGCAGCAGCAGCAGCAGCAGGGCAGCAAGCGCGGCAAGAGGCAGCAGCGCGCUGCGGCUCCGAAGGCGCUGCCGCCACCGGCCAAACGCAGGGCCAGCAGCACCAAAUGA